AGCGCGUUUGGGGCCUGCCCGGCUCCCGUAGGAGAGCGCUGGUCGUGGCGGCGCCACGUCCCCUGCGGCGGCGGGAGAAAGAACGGUCGGGCCUCGGGCGGCUCCGGGAGGCUAUGGCCUUUACGUUAUACUCGCUGCUGCAGGCGGCCCUGCUCUGCGUCAAUGCCAUCGCCGUGCUGCACGAAGAGCGCUUCCUCAAGAACAUUGGCUGGGGAACAGACCAGGGAAUUGGUGGAUUCGGAGAGGAGCCAGGAAUUAAAUCUCAGCUAAUGAAUCUUAUUCGAUCUGUAAGAACUGUGAUGAGAGUGCCAUUGAUAAUAAUAAACUCAAUUGCAAUUGUAUUACUCUUAUUAUUUGGGUGAAGAACAGUGGGGGAAAUGGAGACUCAGAAGAAGAGAUGCCAGCAGAAGUUAUUACUUCGGUCAUUAUUGGAAUAUACAUGUCUUCGCUGGUCGUCCUUGCACUUGACAAAAAUGUAAACCUGACAAUAAAACCAGAGUCCUAUUUAUCUGAUUUUUUUACAAAUGUUGCAUUUAUAAUUUCAUUAUAAAAAAAAUUAGGUCAUCAGAGGCAGUAACAAUCCAAGAUUGGGAUACAUUUGAUUGCUAACUGUUAAUAAAAGUUCAUGCUAUGGUAAAGAUUGUUAAAAGGGUACAGGACUGUCACGUUUAUAGAGAUUUUUCUCUCUCACUUCUCAGGGAUAAAUUUUCAAUGUUUUGAAGUUCCUCAUGAUGUGGCUAUGAUGUGAGAGUGUUUAUCUUCCUACAUAAAAUUUAAAGGAUUUUUUAAAAGUGAUUACUACAGAUAAAAUGAUAAAUAGGUAAUUUGGAUAAUUUUACUUUGAACUCUUUAUUUUGUCUAUGUAUCAUCUUGGCUGUGACAAAUUCAAAUUUAUAGAACUAUUGAGCAAUACUCUCUGAUUUCAGGGAGAAUUCUAAUUUUGUGAGUCAGAUAGUCACAUGAUAGUUGUGCUUUUUUUUCGUGCAUUUGUUAUUUUAUUAAUUGGCCUGAAUGAUGAGAACAGACCACUCUCUACAUAUUUCCAUUGGUAGAAAAAUCUGUGUGAAAAAGUCUACGCCCUUUUUUCAAUAAUGACUUUUUAAAAAAUCUGCAUAAAUAUUAGGCUGCAAGAGCAAUCCUGAACGAUCACAAUGAAACUAUAUUAUAUAAGACUAUUGUGAAGUAUUUACCUCUCCCCCAAAUUAUCACAUUUCCGUUUUUUGGAGUAGCAAACUAAGGGGUAUAAUUCUUUAUUCUGUCUGUCAAUAGAGAGUCAUGCUAGAUAAGUUUUUCGUUUUGUUUUUAUGUCUUAGACCAUCCCAUAUUUGCUCAUCCAUUAAUACAGUUUUAUGCAGGAAGAUUCAAACUAUGUAAAUGGCUUUUUUCUGGAAAUUAUCAGUUAUGAUAGCUUAAAGGAAUAGAAUGCCAUCUUUGUUAUAGAACAACAUUUGUAAAUAAAGUUAAAUUUCCAAGUCAA